AUGGCAAGGGGACAGCCUUCACGGAGAGAGGAGGCAUGGGCACCUCUACAGAACAGAAGAACAGAACCAAACACAAAAAUGAAACUCAUAAAGUAUGGAAAGAUUACCCUGGGUAUCUUAAUAAUGGUGAUUACUGCAGUAGUCAUUGGACUCAUUGCCUCUUUUGUUGCUUAUGGGAAAACACCUUUCUACUAUCACAUCAGCUUUAAAGUCAACAACAUUGACUAUAACAGCAAGUUUAAAAAACCAUAUUCACAAGAAUAUAUGGACCUAAAUAAUAAGAUAGUAUCUUUGAUAGAGGAAAUAUUCCAUGGCUCCAAACUGAGACGACAGUAUGUCAAAUCUCAUGUUGUGCAAGUAAACCAAGUCAAAGGGAAAUUGUUAAUACACACUGUGCUGAAGUUUAAAUCCUACUUAAAUGCAGCAAAAUUUCAGAAUAGGAUCGAAACCAUUUUACGCGAGAAGUUGAAAGAUGAAACUGGGCCUUUAUGUAUAGAUCCUUCCUCAUUUACAUUUUCAGACAUUAUAAUGCCAGAAGCAGAAAACCUUCUCAAUAUCUGUUGUGGACAACGUACAAUAACUCCCUCUGGCAACAAAAUAGCAGGGGGCCUGGAUGCUGAGGAAGGGGAAUGGCCCUGGCAAGCUAGCCUUCAAGAGAACAGUGUGCACCGAUGUGGAGCCACUCUGAUUAGUAACAGCUGGCUUGUCACUGCUGCUCACUGUUUCAUAAGGGUCAGUGAUCCCCAAGGAUGGAAUGUUAGUUUUGGGCUUCUUUUAAAUGAUCCACAAACACAGCGAAGUAUCAAGGACAUUAUAAUUCAUGAAAACUACCAUUACCCCGCACACGAUAAUGACAUUGCUGUUGUGCAUCUGUCUUCACCAGUAUUAUAUUCAAGCAACAUCCGAAGAGCAUGUCUUCCAGAAGCUACUUACACAUUCCCACCCAAUUCAGAUGUGGUAGUCACUGGAUGGGGAACAUUAAAGGCUGAUGGAACAAGUCCUAAUAUACUCCAAAAGGGAUUAAUGAAAAUUAUAGAUAAUAAGACUUGCAACAGUGGAAAGGUAUAUGGAGGAGUCAUCAAACCUGGAAUGCUGUGUGCUGGGUACCUGGAGGGACAUGUGGAUGCCUGCCAGGGUGAUUCUGGUGGACCAUUGGUUGGUAAAGAUUCUAAAGGCACCUGGUUCCUGGCUGGCAUUGUAAGCUGGGGAGAUGAAUGUGCUCUUCGAAACAAGCCUGGUGUCUAUACUCGAGUGACAUACUAUCGAGACUGGAUCAUGUCCAAAACUGGUCUCUAA